AUAAAGGAACCACGCCUGAGGGAGCUAUACGAAGAAGAAAAUCACCUUGUUCUCUUCACGUACUAUCUUAGACUGCUGGAGCUCUGGUCAAUGAUCGCGAUGACGCUGUCGUCAAGGCACAGGCCGGCGGAGCGCAGAAUCUGGUCCAGACCGAGGCUUUGACAGCCACCGCCUGCAGCAGCUUAUAGCGGGGCGCUGUGGGCAAUUGCCUGAUCGACUGGGAAUGAUGUCGCUAGCAAGACACAAUAUGGACUCCAUGCAAACCAUUAGUAAGGCUCUGUCAAGCGUGGGUCACAAUGGACAGAGUACACCGGAGCCGAAGCCUCUGUCAAAGCUAGAUGAGUGGACCCAGUCCUUUGGGCAGUCUGUCACACAAGCGAAAACGCUUCUCAAAGCAAUCCGGGACCCGCUACCAACUCAAACUGGAGACGGUUCUGAACUGCCGCCAGUGCAGAAGGAGAGCUCCGUGAAGAUUCUGGGCGAAGUACUCAGAGAUCUUGCGCAUCUGGGACCGGACAAGGUGGCUAAUCUUGUCACUGUGGCGAAAGCUGGGUUGACGCACGAGCUGAUCAACGACCGCGAUUACCGAAUGGAGCGCUUGAUUCAGGCUGCUGCCAUGCUGCCACCAGACAAACUCGACACGAAGCUUACAAAUGAUUUCGUGACGCAACUAUGGAAUGAUUUGGCGCAUCCGCCGCAAACUCUGUUGAGCGACGAGUACCAGUACCGCAUGCCUGAUGGCAGCAAGAACAACUACCUAUAUCCACAGGUUGGGGCUGCGGGCAUGCCGUACGCACGCACCGUGGCUCGUCAGACAAAGCUCCCGGGCUCUCUGCCUGACCCUGGCGUUUUGUUCGACAGCUUGAUGGCGAGAAGGAAGCCUGAGGGUGAGACGCACCCAAACAGAAUUUCGAGCAUGCUGUUCUACUUGGCUUCCAUCAUCAUUCACGACAUCUUCAAGACGGAUCACGAUGACUUCAAUAUUUCAGACACCUCAUCAUAUCUCGACCUGGCGCCGCUGUACGGUAGUAAUUGGAAGGAUCAGAAGUCAAUGCGUACCUUCAAGGACGGCAAGCUCAAGCCUGACUGCUUCUUUGAGCCGAGGCUGCUCACAUUUCCGCCCGGUGUUGGUGCCGUCUUGGUUAUGUUUAAUCGCUAUCACAACUACGUCGUCGAGCAAUUGGCCGCUAUCAAUGAGGAUGGCCGGUUCACGGAGGAUCCCAAGCAUCUCACAGUCAAGCGAUAUCGAGAGCCCAGCAAGAAGGGUGAGCCAGAGAAGCCACUGGAAGAGAUCAAUAAGCGCGAUGAUGAUCUUUUCCAGACUGCACGCUUGAUAGUCUGCGGAUUGUACGUCAACCUCAUCCUCAUCGACUAUGUCCGCACCAUACUCAACCUCAACCGCACGGAUGAGAACUGGCAGCUCAAUCCGCGCGUUGACAUUCCUAAUGGGCCGCCGCGAGGAACGGGUAACCAAGUUAGUGCCGAGUUCAACCUGGUCUAUCGCUGGCAUGCGGCUGUGUCGUGGAGGGACGACGAGUGGAGCCAGCAACUGUUCAGGGAGAUUUGCCCCAAUAUGACUCCACAGCAGGCUGCUGAGCCUAAGAACAUCUACAAAUUCCUUGGUAUACUUGCCGCGAAGGAAGGUGAGUUCAUGGGACAGGAUCCGAUGGACCGAAAAUGGCCGGCUUUGCAACAUGAGGUCCUCCAGCGCAUUCCGGAUGGACCGUACAAGGGCAACUACAGAGACGACGAUAUCGCUAAGAUCCUCACUGAGUCGAUCGAAGACUGUGCGAACGCGUACGGGCCCCGCCAGGUACCGACUGUCAUGAAAGCCAUCGAGAUCCUUGGCAUCAUGCAGUCCAGAACAUGGCAGGUAGCGACGCUGAAUGAGUUCCGGAAGCACUUCGGCCUGACGCCGCAUCGUACUUUCGACGACAUUACCAAGGACAAGGAGGUAGCGGAAGCUCUCAAGCAUCUCUACGAUACACCCGACAACGUUGAGCUGUACCCAGGUCUCGUAGUCGAGGACGCCAAGGUGCCCAUGUUGCCCGGCUCCGGUCUCUGCCCCUCAUACACAGUCUCUCGUGGUGUGCUGUCGGACGCGGUCGCGCUUGUACGCGGUGACAGAUUCUUCACUACGAAUUACACGCCAGCGUCUCUGACCAACUGGGGUUUCCAAGAGGCAUCCUCCGACUUGACAAUCGACAAUGGUUGCGUUUGGUACAAGUUGUUCCUGCGCGCUCUGCCAAACAACUACGACCCGGCGUCGGUGUACGUGCACUAUCCGAUGACAGUACCACAUGGCAAAGACGGCAUGGCGGACGUGCUUACCCGCCUGAACAAAGCGCACUUGUACACCAACCUCACCGAUAGGCCCGAACCCAUUGGUCAGCCCACCGUUGUCUUCAGCUACGACGCAGCGACGAAGAUCAUGGAGAACCAGCAAGCCUUUAAAGUGACGUGGGGACAGCCCAUGAAGUUCUUGAUGGGCCCUGCGGCGGCGAAUUUCAUGCUCUCUGGCGACGGACCACCGAAUGCGAAAAGCCGGCAGCUGAUGGAAAAGGCGCUCUAUCAGACCAAUGGCCCACCAGCGCCUUCUCGUGCGAUCCCAACUGGCGAUGAGAAGUGGCUGAAGUCGGUCCGAACCUUCUAUGAGCGUACCACCGUCAAGCUCUUGAAGCAGAAAAGCUACACUCUCGCUGGAACGCAGUACGUCGACAUCAUCCGUGAUGUAGGUAACAUGGUCCAUGUUCACUUCGCCGCCGAGCUCUUCAGCCUCCCGCUCAAGACGGACGACUUCCCGCGCGGCAUCUUGACCGAGGGCCAACUUUACCUCAUUACCGCCGCAGUCUUCAUUUGCGUCUUCUUCGACGUCGACCCGCCCAAAUCCUUCCCACUCCGCCAGCAAGCCCGAGCAGCAACCCAAACGCUCGGCGCCUUCGUCAAGGGUCUCGUAACCGUAAUCAAAGUCGGCGGCAACCUUGCCGAAUACGUUGGUAAGCAGCUCGACCGUUCCGCACCGGAGCUGAGUCAGUAUGGCAUCCACAUGAUCCACCAGCUCGUGAAAGCCGACACGAACAUUGAGGAUCUAGUCUGGGGCAACAUCAUGGGCACCGCCGGCGGAAUGGUGGCGAACCAGGGCCAACUCUUCGGCCAAGCAAUGGACUGGUUCAUGACAGUCGACAAGGAGAAUCACUGGGCCAAAGUACAAGCCCUUGCUCGCCAAAAUACUGCAGAGGCCGACGACAAGCUCAUGCACUACUUCAUGGAAGCCUCCCGCCUGAACGGCGAAACAGGCGUAUUUCGCUGGGUCGACCUUCCACCGGGCCAAAGCGUCUCCAUCACCGACUCCCCCAGCCUCCCCGACCAGACCAAGCCCCUCGGCACGCAGACCCACACAUUUAGAUCUGGGGACAAAGUGAUGGUGAACCUCAAAGCCGCCUCCCGCGACCCCGUGGCGUUUCCGAACCCAGACUCUAUCGACCUCAACCGAUCGUUAGACUCCUACAUCCACCUCGGCCACGGCCCGCACCAAUGUCUCGGUCUCCCCAUGACUCGGGUAGCCUUGACAACGAUGCUGAAAGUGAUAGCAAAGCUUGAUCGGCUACAGCCGGCGCCUGUCGCAAUCGGUAGAGUCAGUACGACGAGCUCCGUGAAGAAGGUGGUCAAGGAGUUCAUUCCGGGAGAUCUGAAGGUGAUGCCAGAGGCGUGGCAUUACCAUCAAUUCUUGACAGAGGAUUGGGAUAUGUACUUCCCAUUCCCCACUAGCUUGAAAUUGACUUUUGCCGGUCCGGUUCCGACAACGUGAGAAGGAGGGAGGAGGUUCCGCAGUUUGAGCGUGGAAAAGGCUCAAGUACAGAUGGUCGGGCGCAUUGGGUGCUCGCAAAAUUUGGACUCUCCGCUUGCACAAAUUCAUGAUGAUGAGUAUGCCGUCUACGCUGAUUGCAGCGCCGUUUCGCGUUCGAUAC